GUGAAUUAAAUACUAUGUUCAUAGUCCGGUUUCAGCUAUGUGCCAUUUUCUUAAUUAUUUUUUAUAAGCUAUAAUCAUUUAUUUAUCAUAAAAAUAGAAUUUUUAUUAAUAUUAUUUUAUGCAUACAUACACAAAACUCUUUUAAUUUUUUUUAAAGACCAUUUGUGUUUGACAUUUACAUCUACAGCUGAUUAUUGACCUUGGCGGUUAUACUUAUUUCUUUUUAAUUCAAGCUAUUGGAAAGAGACACAAUAUAACACAUUUGUUACAGUGCCAUCUACCAACAUAAUGAAUAAAAUCAACAUACUUUACUCUUAAUGCUCUGUUGCCAGAUCUACUGUUCUGAAUUUCAAAUUAUAAAUGUAUACAGGGUGUUCCAAUGAGGACUAAACAGAGGCUUAUUCUCAAUCUUCCCUGUAUUUUUUUUUUAAAAGUCGAAAUAGCGAUUAGGAAGGAAUAUUAUUGUUUUUUGAGAAUUUGUCACAGAUUUUGAAAACAAGGUAUCGGCAACACCGCAGAUCCGUCAAGAUCUAACCUCACAAAACCAUCCAAGUUUUUGUUUACAAAUUAUUUUUCCAUAAAAUGUUUAAAAAAUGAAAAAAUUUCAACGUCUAAUACUUAUUCUAAUAUCUCUAACUAGUUUAGCCCUAUUCCUGAUCUACCGGCACCAGUACAAUCGUCUGAGACACGUCCUGGAAGUUUUCAAUUUUUUCGGGACCCCUUGUAAUGUUACCGAGCUGCAGAGGAGCGAAGGAUUGCUUGUAGAGCACGAUUGGGGCCCUCAGCCUGUUUGGCAAGAGGUCGACAGUAAGGGAUUCAUUUACAGUGCCUUUUUACAAGAGAAGCACAAGGUCCAAGGUAUAGGAAUUCGUCAUGCCAGCGUCGCCGUCCCGAAAUCUUGCUUCCUGCUGUUCGAGGACGACAACAAACCGUCAAAAAACAAAUUGACAGUGUCCAAAAUACUCGAAGAUAAAACAACAGGUUUUUUAGCUUAUAUUUACACUUGCCAGUUUACCAAAAACGAUAAACGCCCUUACGCUAUCGCCUUCAAGUCACUGAGCGGUCCAAAAUUUGUUACGACUUUGUUAACUGAUAAUUUAGAUAAGAAAUUUAGUUUUAAUAGCACCAUUUGUUUGCUACCUAUUGCUAGUCAGUUUUCGAAAAAAUCUGUUAUAGAAUUUUUAAGUUUUCAUCAUUUGUUGGGCGUGGAAAGUUUUAUUGUUUAUUACGAACAAAAUUUCUCUUAUAAACUAAUGAAACUACUCAAAAACCUCUCGAAUACGUUGAAUAUGUGGAUAAAUUUUUAUCCAUACAACUUGCCUUUGUUUGUUCCUAAAAAUUUUACAAAUAUUUUAAUCGAAUUAGAUUGUCAAUUGAGGACAAAAAAUCAAUCAAAAUACUCCAUUACUCUGGGAACAAACGAUUACGUUGUGCCUUCAUUGGACAAUUCCAAAACGACUAUUUUAAAAAUACCAAUCAAAAAGUUUUGUUUGAAUCAUAGUAACGUAAAUCGGCCAAUGGUGUUGCAGAAUUUCGAUUCUAUAGACGAUUUUCAAUUUAAUGAUGUUAUCAAGUUGAACAAAUUCAAAAGUUUAAAUUAUACUAAAUUCGUAAAUGUUUUUGAUAUUGAUUGUGUGAUAUACAGAUAUGAGAAAUGUGAAAGGGGUAUUAAAACUAAGACUGAUUUCUCUAUGAAAAGAUUUUCUACUGAUCUGACUCGAAGUACUUUGGUCCAAUUGUUGAUACAUGAAGAGGUUUAAAUAAAAAUGUUAAUAAUUAUCUUAUUCAAUUUGUUCAAGAAUCUGCCUUAUGCUCUCUUCUAUGCUUUCCCAGAUGACAAUUUUCAAAUUUACUUCAUAAUUGAGAUAUACAAAUUUAUACGAUUGAUUAUAUUUAAGAUCAAUUUAUAAUAAAACUAUUUGUUAUUCAA